AACAGCGAGUUCCCGUACUGACGAGUACGUGUGCAGUGUUGUGCCUAGCUGCAGGGGUGAGACAGGGCAGUGCUACAGUUUGCGCUGCGCGCUGCAGUUCUGGUUUAUGACAAAUUCGUAGCAUGCAGAACGGACUUCUGGUGAUCGGGGUGGCCGUCGUAUUCACUGUGGCUGCGACCAGCGCUGACCCCAAGUUACACUCUAGCUAUAACUACGUCACUGCCCCGGAGACACCCGAGAAUUACAACGAAGUGCAAUACCAUUAUCGGUACGCUGUUGACGACCCCCUGUCCGGAGUCAUCAAUGACCGCUGGGAGCACAGGCACGGGGAGUAUGUGAAAGGAGCUUACAGUGUUCUGGGCCCAGACGGACGAGUGCGCACUGUGGACUACGAGGUGGACGGACCAAAAGGCUUCCACGCCGUCAUACGGACUCAAUUCCCCAGUAACAGUCUUCUGAGCUACAUCCAACUACAGAAGUCGUUGAAACAGCACAAAGACCCUCCUGUAAACAUUCUUACCAACCAACGGAUACCGACAGAUAAUCCAGAGUUCAACAGCCAGAGAACAGCACGGUUGCUACAUAAGGACCUGCCAGUCAAUUUCCACUCCAUCAGUCCGAACUACUAUUUGUCUUUGAUACCGGGUAAACGAACAAACUAUGGGUCAUCCCACAAGAAUCCUGUGACAGACGUUUUCAUUGCCGCAUCUCCAGACCAAGAGUAUGAUCAUGAACACCGUUCCACGUCGACACCGAACACUGAAGACAGAUACGCAGACCCUCGGACGGAUUCCGGACAACCAAGCCAACUUUUCCUGCCGCCACCCCUACCAACCAGUCUAUACGCAGAAGCCACUUCUUCCACGCAGUUUACAAGGACUUAUUUCGGUGGCUAGCACUGUCACGCGCGUAUUGAUAAAAAGUGUAUAGUUUCAUACGUGCGGAUACUUCAUUGCCCAUAAAAGUUACCGUUAUCAACGAUGGUGUUUUUGCCUGUGGUGUACAGCAUAAUAGAUAAACCAAUUGGAAUUCACGACACAGUUCAAGACGGGUUUCAUAUUCUGUACACAAAAAGUUGCGACCACGUGGUUAAUUUUAUCUUUCCAUUUAUCAGAUAAAUUUAUGAGGCAAUAAACUGUUUAUGUACACAUAUUACAGACAUUUUCAUUCUUUACAAUUUUGUGACGAGAGUGGCAUUCUGUUAAAGUGUCAUUUAAGAGAGACAUAAACCUAUAAUGAACGUAUACUUUGUAUAUUAUGUAUACCUUUUACCUUCGGAAAAUUGCCUAUAAUUUUUACAUAAAUUUGUGUCGGUAUUUACUUAAUAUUCAUACGUGUUGUUCAUCAGGUAGUACUAAUUGUACAAAUUUAAAUACCCCAACGAAAGUCCAUUGGUUAUCCAGCUUUCGAGGGCGAUGUUAUCUCUGGCUGUGAACAGAACAGUGCGGUCGCAUGGCAACACACUUCCAGAAAUGUCUCGUUCUCGUGUAAAAAUAUUAUUUCAUAAAAUGUGUUUCUGAAAAAUGUUUGUCAAGGAAUUUCCUCAUGAUAUUCACUUUUCCUCGACAUAUUUCUUAUAAAAAAUUGGAUAUUUAUUGGGUCGA